AUUGUCAAAAUUUUCCUCCAUAGUGCUUUCCUUAUUCCUUUUCCCUCACACCACUAUUGACUAUUGACUCUAAAAACUUAUCUCUAUUCUCUAAAAACUAAAACUAAGUUUCCACCAUUAAAACAAAACACACUUUCUCUCUCCUCCUCCUCCUUCUUUCCUUCCUUGUUCAUUCAUCAAUGGAUUCCUCUUCCUCCCCAAUCUACCUCCUACCACAAGACACCCUUCACAUGAUCUUCAUCAAACUCCCACUCCGUCAAAUCAUUCUCUGCAGAUCUAUCUCCAAAUCCUUCAACAACCUCCUCACUUCUCCUUCUUUCCUCCACCUCUUCUCUUCUCUUCACACUCCUCUCUCUCUCCUCGCUCUCCGUCCUCCUCACCACCACCACCACAAUCGCCACCGUCACCCACCACCACAACCACCACAACAACCACCAACAACUUUCUCUCUCCUCCAUGCCUUCGAUCCACUCUCAAAUCAAUGGCUCAAAUUCAACCUCACUUUCCUCCCCUUCACUUCUCUCUCACCUGUCACCUCCUCACUCGGUCAGAUCUACCUCUGGGGCGACUCGCCCGAGUCAUCAACUCGCUCACUCGUCGUCUGCAACCCGUUAACCCGGGCUUACCGGGUCCUCCCACCUCUCGGGUCAGCAUGGUCGAAACACGGGUCGGUUUUAUCCGGGUCGGGUGGACGGGUACUUGUACUAACUGAACUUGCUACUUUGUAUUGGUGUAAUAGUAAGAAUAACUGGAUGAAGUUUUCGUCGAAUUUACCAUCUAAACCUCGGAGCCCCAUAUUGGUGAAAAGCUCUUUGUAUGCGCUAUGUGAUGUGGGGUCACCUUGGAGAAGUUUAUGGAAGUUGUUUACUUGUAAACUUCCUGAAUUUGAAACGACGUCGUUAGGGUGGAGUAGGGUUGAGAGGAGUGAAUGGGGUGAUGUGUUUGAUAUAUUGAAGAGACCUAGAUUGGUUAAAGGAGUUGGGAAUAAGAUCUUGAUGGUUGGAGGGUUAAAAUCGUCAUUUUCAUUGAAUGCUUCUUGUUCUACUAUUUUGAUACUUAGGUUGGAUUUGGAGAGUUUGGAGUGGGAUGAAGCAGGGAGAAUGCCUUUAGAUAUGUAUAAGUGUUUUCAAGAGUCUUCUAAGUUUAAGGUUUUUGGAGGUGGGAAUAAAGUUUGUUUUUCGGCUAAGAGAGUAGGGAAGUUGGCAUUGUGGGAUAAUGGUGUCGGUGCCGGUAGCGAGUGGCGGUGGAUCGAGGGGGCGCCCGGCUAUGGAGACGGGUUGUUGCGUGGGUUCGUAUUGGAUGCGUGUGUUGGUGCUGUGCCGUGAUUGUUGGUGUUUCUUUUGGUUGAUCAUACAUAGCCACAUAGGGGUAGAAAGAUGCAUAACAGAAUGAGCCAUGAGCGAACUCACGAGUCUUGGAAUCCAACAACCGAAUAUAGCACUGCAAGAAAAUCAAGUGAAACAGAUGAAACUGGGUCGACUUCUUUCCUACAGAUGUAUGAAGUUAUCUUUUUUGCACUUCUUUUAUUUAACCAAAGAAUUCAGACUGUCACUGUAAUAUUAACUCAAGUGCAUGAUGAAUAUACUCAGCAAUUCAGCAAAUGGAGAAAUGUAACUG